AUGGGUUCCAGCGCCAAACGAAAGAAGGAGAAACAAAAGGACUUUCAGAAACCGAAACUGAAGGUCGGCAAGGCGAAGGCAAAGCCGGAGAACUACACAGACACCAGCUUCCGAUCAAAGGCAAUUGUCCUCAACCAGCAAUCACUUCAUGUCGCCGCUCCCUCUUCCAAUAGCCAAUUUGCGCAUCACAUUUCGCUCCUUUCAUCCAAAUCCGACAACCAGCGCCGUGAUUCCCUCGCACACUUGACCACCUCGAUCGCUUCCCGCCCCGUCAACUCCAGCCUCCCUCAGCCCGUGAGCGUCAUGCUCCCUUCCCUCCUCCCGCUCAUACUGGACGGGAACAGCAACGUUCGCAUUCAGCUCCUCAAACUCCUUCGUACCUUACCCCAAAAUGAUGUCUCAGACCAUGUCGCUCAGCUUCUUCCUUACAUCCGAGCCGGAAUGACACAUCUGGCCGCAGACAUCCGUGUAUCUGCAGUCGAAAUUCUCUCCUGGAUGGUCGAGACAGCUGGGGAGCAGGUCGUUUCCUGCGCGGGCGGGUGGAUAAAAACACUCAAUUGCUUUCUAUCCGUGUUGGGAUGGCACACGGAGGAAUCAUCACGAUGGUCAUCAAGCCGUGCUUCGUUCGGCAAGUCCGGAAGCCAAGGUCGCUCCAUGGUGAAAGUGCUCGGCGCUCUGGCAGACUUCCUCGGAGCCGGAAUCGGACAGCCCGGUGAGGCGGAUGACGAACUUUCUGGGCAGGCCUAUUUUGCCGAUUCAUGGUCCUUUCCCCUAUGUGAGACGGGUCAUCACAUGAUCUCCGAGUCUUCCACACCAUACGCAUACCUGAACCUAUUUGGGCAGCCGCGCGAUGAAGAGGGUGAAAUGUAUGAGACCCGCGAAGAUCGAUACCGUGUCUUUUCCAGCAGAUUCCUUCCAGCCAUCGAGCGUGGACUGAAAAGUGCUAGAGAGGAAGGUGGAGAGUUGGGCCGUGCCUCAUCUGGCGUGACCAAGGUUCUCAAAGAGGCGAUCUCGUAUGGACCAGGGCCAUGA